AGACAUCUAUAGACGGAUCCUACGUUAAGUGUUUACGUGGGAGGCACAUAUGUAUGUAAAAAUCAAUAAGCCCUGUCACAAAGCAGUAUUAUAUGUGACUGUUCAAAUGGAAAGAUAAUUGCCAAUAUUUGUGUUGAAUUAGCUGUAGCAAAUUGUUCUACAAUAACAGGGACGGAUCAUUUACUCUUAUUUAUCAGGAUAUGUCAGUUCUCUCAUAGUCUUAUAUCACACGGAAGAGAGAUAAGUGAAUUAUACAGGAACACAUUUCUGUGUAAAGUGAGAGACAGUGUAUAUUUGAAAAAUAAUUGGUAAAAAGCGGUAAUUAAAUAAAUAAAGGAUAACAUAAACGGACAGACAUGGAUCACUCGUCGCAUACAUAUAUGGACCAAAUGCACGAGGGACAUGAUCAUCAUAAUCAUGACCAUAUGAAUCAUGACCAUAUGAAUCAUGUAAAUCAUAAUGACCACAUGGAAGAUCAGCACGUAUUUCACGUGGAUACAGCCGGACAGUCACAUGACCACCAUUCAUCGCAUCAUAUACAUGGUCACCAAGCUUUUUUCAAUUCUGGUUUAAAUGUGACAGUUUUGUUUGAGAAUUGGGUGCUAGAUACAAAAGGAAGUAUAUUCCUGGCUUGUCUGUGCACAUUUGUAUUAGCAAUAGGCUACCAGGGUACAAAAUGGUUCAGACAAUAUUUACAUGUUCACUACAGUGGAAAGAUACAUUCAAUAAAGAGUAAAGAGCACCUGCUACAGACAGUACUGUAUGUGACAGAGUUUCUAGUGAGUUAUCUUCUCAUGUUAAUUGUAAUGACGUACAAUGUGUGGAUUUUUGUUGUCACUGUACUUGGUAUUGCUCUCGGAUAUUUCCUCCUGGCCUGGCACAAAGAGUUCAAGCCAGUACCAGUCUGUGCUACAGACUGUGACAUUGUUAUAAAUCACAAAAAAUUGGAUCCUAAUUCAUCAGAGCAAGAGUUAAUGCCCUUGGGAAAACAGUCAGCUGCAUGUAAUGGUUGUGAUAUAGAAAGUAUUGAUGAACUGGAUGAGGAAGAUGAUCAUAUCAAAAUAUGAGUGAGCUUGUGAGGAAAAUGGUUAAAUAAUACAACAAUUGUUGAUUCAUUAUGAAAAUGAAUUAAAAUGUAUUGUGAAAUGACUGCAAAUGUUUUGACACCAUCACAGUGCUAAUGGUAAAUUGAUUAAUGAACUACAAAAAUUUCACAUUGUUAAGGAUAAAUUGGUGAAUAAACUACAAAUGUAUUGACAUUGUCAUUGUGUUUAAAGGGUAAAUUGGUGAAUAAACUACAAAUAUUUGACAAUUUCACUGUGGUAAUAGUAAAUUAGUUGAUGAACUACAAAUAUUUGAAAUUGUCAUAGUGUUAACUGUAUAUUUGUUAAUGAACUACAAAUAUUUGACAUUUUCAAUGAAGUAACAGUAAAUUGGUUGAUGAA